GAGGAAAUAAAAAUGAUAUAAAUCAACAUGGCUAUACUUGUCAAUAUGAUUCUGAUUCCAGUUCAAUGGUUAUGGACUUUGAUAAAGAAUCAAUAUUUAGUAAAUUAUUAUAUGAUAUAGAAUUUCGUCUUUAUUUAAUUAGUUUAGCAGAUAAACUAUCUAUUAUGAUCUUUAGUUUAAGUGCUUCUAAAAAGGAAGUAGAAGUAUGGAAUAAUAAUAUAAAAAUUUUACAAUAUGAAGGUAAUUCACUAGCAAAUGUUUGGCAAAAAGUUAGAAUUUUGGGAAAAUAUCAGGAUAUGCAAUUAUUUGGAUUUGAGCAUACAUAUACACAAUCUGAAUUGCAACGAUUAUAUAUUUCUAAAUAUCAACUAUCUCAAUAG